AUGGAACUAUCCAUUGCGCUGCCAUUCAUAGCAGCCGAUGUCCCAAGCGCCCUGCCCACGAAUGCAGAAAUCGAAGCAUCAAAGGAUGUGAUCGCCGUUACUGGAGGCCGGCGAGUUGUCAGAGUUGGCACGCAUUUCGUGGUAAAAUAUGGCCUUGGUGUUACCAUCCUCGAAGGAGAGAACAUGCUCUUUGUCCGUAGCACUACCACUAUACCAAUUCCCAAGGUCUACGCUCUCUACACGGAAACAGACACAAAGAAGAACUAUAUCGUCAUGGAGAACAUCGAGGGUCACACGCUAGCUUACAAAUGGCCUUCUCUUACCGAAUCACAGAAGAAGGCUAUUGCUACGAAGCUCAAAUUAUGCUUUGAUGAGUUACGGCAGCUUCCAUCUCCGGGCUACUUUGGAAGCCUUGGCAAGCGUCCAUUGCUUGAUGAUAUCUUCUGGACCAGCCAAAAAAAAUCCUCUAUAAAUGGGCCAUUCGAAAACGAAGAUGCCGUUAAUGAAGCUAUGGCGCAAAAGUACACAUUUGAGGUUUAUGGCCGAACAAAUUAUGUUGCCGAUUUCUACCGCCAGGCUCUGCCUCAUGUACUUUGUGGACACGCGCCAACACUCACACACGCCGACUUUCAGCGCAAAAAUAUCAUUGUUCAAGUUGUCCCUCCAAAAGUCGGCUUGUGGAAUGACUGUCAGCACCAACCCAACGGAAUUCGGGAUGCUCCACCAAGAGAUGGCCUUUGGACUGCGAAGCGCCCUGUUGAAGAAGAAUUCAAGGUGACUAUUAUCGACUGGGAGAAGGCAGGCUGGUAUCCAAGUUACUGGGAAUAUGGGACCGCUCUCUAUGCCGUUGGAAGAUGGGACGAUGAUUGGGGAUUAUUCUUGCGCGACAUGUUGAGUCCUUAUUAUUCCGAAGCCCGCUGGCUCCAGACGCUGCGCUUUGAGUUGUGGUCUUGA